CGGGACGUCACUUUGUGGAAUUUUCAACAUCUGUGACUGUCAACGAUUGGAAAGAGGUAAAGUUGAUUAUACAAGCAAAGUCAAAGUCAACUAAAGCUUAUUGAUCAAUUCUUUCUACGUUUAUUGUGCCAUUGAUUUUGAGAUGGCAAAACGAGAUCAUUUUGAUGUGCUGAUUGUUUGUCCUCGGGAGUCAGAGUUGCAGGCUGCAAGUCGCGUGUUUGAACACGAAACAAACAGCAAGUUUGAAGGAGUUCACACAGAUCUCCCUUACAAUCUUUGUUUAUGUCGUGGAUGGAAUAAUUUGCCUUUGAAUGUUGCCAUGGUAGCUCAGGUGGGUUCGGGUCGUAUUGAGUCUACGAAGCUUGUUCCUGAUCUGGCAAAACAUUUUACUGUUGGUUUGAUUGCAAUGACGGGCAUUUGUGCCAGAGAAGAAGACAAGUACAGAGGAAUAGACUAUGGGACUGUUGUGGUUGGCAGCAACACAAUUACAGAAUGUGAAGGGUUAGAGAAGGAAGAUGGAAUAGUUCAAUCUCGUGUUUCUUACAAGGAAUUGGACAAACAGCUUUUCCCAGCACUGAAUGAGCUUGUCGAAAUGAGAGAAAGUCACAAGUGGUCAUCAUAUGUUCCUGCUGUAUUAUAUCGUGCCAGUCCACGAUAUGUGAAGGAGCUUCUGUUAGAGUGUGUGUUAGAUAAUGAAGGCAUCAGUAAGAGAAGACUUCUUACAACAGUGGAAUCCAAAAGUUUGGGUUUGACCAAACUUGACAUUGAUGAGGUGUUAGAGAAGAUGUAGAAGGAGCAUAACCCAUUGGUAUAUGUAGAAGACAAGCAAUGGGAAUACAAGGCAACUGAAGCAGGACAGUUAUAUGCUAAUGUCCAAGUGGAAUUUCCACAUGAAGAAAAAACUUUUACUGUUGUAUUAGCAUCAAUAGGAUCAGUUUUCAUGGACACAGAGCUACUUGACAUGACAAAUGUGAAACAGCGAAUGGCAGAUCACAACAUCAGAGCUAUUGAUAGAGAAGCUCAUUCAUUCAUGGAACAAGCGACAGACAGUUUCAGUCCUGGAUUACCUGUUGUGAUGAAGGGAAUAUCUGACUACGGCACUGAGAGCAGCAAACUGAUGUAUUAUGAAGCUUAUGCUGCUGCCACUUCAGCUGCAUUUCUGAGACAUUUCAUCACUGAAAAGAAGUCUGUGAUCAGUUCUGGGUCAGUGAAGGCUCAGUUGUUUGAUUUGUCUGACAUGGUGGGUGACAAGUGGCGUGAUUUGGCUGAUCGUCUCAACGUGAGCAGAUGGGAUGUUGAGAUGAUAGAACUGGAGGUUCAUACAAAGAAGGAAAUAGCAUUUAUGAUGCUAUGCAAAUGGCAGUCGAUGGUAGGAGACAAUGCAACUAUAGAGAAGGUGAAAGCUGAGCUAAAAGAGAUUGAAGAGCAGAAGAAGGGAGAAGCCAUUGCAAGUAUAGUGUUUCCCAAUGAGCUAAUGGGAGCAAAACAAUUUUGUGGUCGCAAGAGUUGACAGUAUUGUCCAACACAAUGUGGGGAGAAAAUGCUCCACAAGUGUCUACGUUAUUGAAAUUCUGCUGUGUGGUGAUCAAAGGAAUGUGCGGAGUGGGGAAAUCAUCUUUAGCAGCCAAAUAUGCUUUUCUAUGCAAACAUUUGUAUAGUGAUGGAGUGCUGUAUUUCAAUGCAGAAUCAUGGGCAACGCUUACAAACUCAGUUAUAAACAAUCUCACAGUUUUGUCUCUAAGUUCACCUUCUGCUUUACGUACUCAAAGUCAUUUUGACGACGCAAACAGCAGUUAUAAGCCAUUACAACACAAGAAUGCAGUGCUGCUUAACCACAUUUCCAAGCUUUCUAAGAUGUUGCUGGUCUAUGAUGGUGCAGAUGAUCUCUCUUUCUUUGCCUAAAAUUCUUCCUCGUUCAACUGCUUGUGUCCAUGUAUUGAUCACAACUCAAUGUGAUGAUUGUUCUGUGUUGCAGAAAGUAAAUCAUGUCAUCUCUCUUGGUUGUUUGGAAGCUGAAGAUGCUGUGGCAGCUGUAACCAUGUGGUCUGGUCGUCAACCGUCAAACAGUCAAGAAACAGCAGCAGCCACCAAAUUGUCAGUUGAACCUCCCAUAGAAAAGCUACCAAUUGCUCUUGCUCAUGCAGGCACAUAUAUGCGAAAGGCAUGUUUAAGCUAUGAGGAAUAUUACAAACUGUUGAAAACAAAUGAAGUUGAACUUGAGGCUUUAGCAUUAGAUCUUGACAAACUGUUGCAUUACUCUAGAGCAAGUCAUCUACGUGAAGUAUUUAUGGAAGCUGAUGUAACUCAGCCUCCUGAUUUGAAACAGUUGAGUGACGGGAAUAUUGAUGAGUUGAAUUUAAGUGAACAUGACAGAGAUGUUGUAAAAAAUGUGAGAAAUUCUGUGAUGUCAUGUAGUCAUGCUCAUCUGACAUGGCAGAUGGACAUUGAGUUGGUUGCAAGAGAGAAUCCUAAAGCGUUGUCUCUACUUGAAUAUGCAUCAUUUCUGUCUUCAAGAGACAUUCCAGAGAAGCUAGUUCGUCCUCUUGUGCUUAGUGAAUGUGCCAAGUAUGAAUACAGUUUGUGUGUCUCAACUUUGUCUUCACACAAUUUAGUUGAAUGGCAUGAGACAGCAAAAGGUUAUACUUUGAAUAUUCAUCCAUUGGUGCAGUCAACAGUGAUGGAACGUGUCAAGCAGCAGCCAGAUGAGAUGGAACGCAAACUAGCUGUUGUUUGCCAAAAUAUGCUGUUUUAUCUACCACACAGUGAAAUGGAGUUGAAUUGUCUUCCAAGUGAUAUACGACUUCAACUUGCUUCUCACUCGUAUUCAUUGGCUAAUCGUGUAUUGCUAGCUGGUGUAGAAAUACCAACUUGCUUGGAUUUGGUUAGGGAUACGUGUGCUGCUUCUUUGGAGUUCCAGCCUCCCGAACUAUCGUACUAUUUGUGUGAAAAAUGGUACGACAAAGCAAUGCAGUUGCACAGUUUGCCACAUGAGGUCAAACGCACUUGGGUCAUAGAGGGAUAACUGCAUUUUUACUUGUUGGUUCAAAUGUGUAGUGUUGGUUAUCACUUUGUGUUAUUUAGCAAGUAAUCUUUUGAGUAAGGCAUAUUGCCACAAGUUGAAAAUAAAGGAAGCAUUAGAUUUGAAUCUGAAAAGCAAGAAGAUGAUUGAUGAGCUAAAACCAGAUGAGAAGAAAGAAAUGUAUACACAUCAUAAAGUUGUGUUGGAGAUGCUUUGUUAUUGCUAUCACAUGCUAAACAAAUUUGAAGAAGAGAAAUUUUAUCUGAAAGAGCAGAUGUUGCUGAUGAAAACUUUUGGAGAACAUGUUGGACCUGAAUUUGCUUUUGUUGGAUGCUUCAUGGCAGAGAACUACUCUAAUAGGGGUAGACGAGACAAAGCAAUAAAAUUAUGCCAACAAGUGAUGGAAAAGUUAAAUGAUUUGGAGGAAUCUGAGUAGAUAGAAGUGAUGUCAAGAUUAUCAAGUUGUUUUUUAACCAUUGGAGAAUUUGAAAAAGCAGAUGAUUUAUUGGAUAGGUCAUGGAAAUUGCUUUCCAGAGUUGAUUCUGAUAAUUUUCUUGAUCAACAUCUUUUGGUCAUGCGUCUCAAGUGUCAGUGUGAGGUUGAAAGACCUGAUGGAUCAAAAGAAAAGCUUACUGAAACAUUGGAAAGAGCAAAAACAGCUUUGUCUGUUGCUCAGUCUUUGCUACCAUCAGAAAGUUCAGAGAUUUUCUAUUGUAAAGUGCAAAUUGCUAGAUGUAGCAGGAAAUUAGGAAACUUGGAAACAUGCAUUGAACAACUGAACGAGAUCAGGAAACUUGACGAGGCAAAUAUGCCUGAUUCACGUAGAAGACUAUGUGAUGUAAUAAAAGAAUUAGGAAGCACACAUCAGAUGAGAGAUGAUUCAGUUGAAGCUCUGACGUGUUAUAAGGAAGCAUUAGAGCUGUACCAGCAGGAGGACACUUCUUAUCAUGUGGAAAUUGCUGACACUCUCAUGGAUAUUGGUGGAAUAUAUUCGAACAUGGGCAAUUUCACUGAUGCUGUAAAGCAUCUUGAUCAGUGUAUAGAAAUUAGAGAACAGAAACAGUUACCGCCUUGUCGUAAAGCUGGUCUAUGAAUGCAGUUAUGCAAUGCUUGGAGCUUGUCAUGUGCUGAUGCUACAUUAUUUAGGAAGAAAGGCAACAUUUGAACAAAUGCUACUAGGAAUCCAUCAAGCACGAGAAACAAUCCAUCAAGCACGAGAAGCAUUUACGAAGUCUCUCAACAUACUGUUAUUUUGUCCAAAUUGUGAUGACAAAAUAUUGAACGUGUUGGCGGACCUUGCUGCUACGUAUGGCAUGAAAAUUGAUGAGGAGACUAUAGAUGAGAAGGCCACUAUGCUAAAACUAAUAGCAAGGAGUGCAUAUACUUGGAAAGAUUAUGCUAGAGCUAAAGACUUGUUCUACAUGCAAAUCGAAGUUGGAGCUGCUACAAUGGUUUCACAGCCAGCACAGAAAGCUAUUGUCUUCUGAAGGGUGCCUGGAAGAUCGAUGUUGCCGAAGGUUUUUCCCCUGGAUAAAUAAAACAGCUAUCUAUCUAUCUGUCGUCAAAAUUUGCGCCAAACUGAGUGGAUUUGCUGCAAAGAAAAGAGAAGAAAUGAAAAAUGCUAAAUACGACAGUGAGAUUCUUCCAGGAGGUACAGUAGUGCAUCAAACGGCAUACCUGCAUGUGAGCACUUUGGCACCUGGGGUGUUGCAGCUGACUGUCUGCUGAACACUUUGUCACUUAAUUAAGUCCAAAGAUCAAGAAGAAAAGAACCACUAUGCUGACUUCAAGACCUACUGGAGACGUUGGUUUUCCGCUAUACUGCGAAAACUUAAUGCUGUUGAUGAAGUCAGGCGUGUCCAAGCGCGACCGCAUUAAUUAAUUAUUUAAGUUAACUUAGAGUUUUAGCUGACAUUUUAUGUAGUUUACGGUAUCUAUCUAACGUCAUUGUACUAGAAAAUUUUCAUGAUAUCCAAUAAAUCUAUCUAUCUAUCUA